GAAACGAGCGAUACGCGAGCUCAGUCGUGCCAAGUACUCCUCUUUUCGACCUACGUUCUAAAUCUCGAUCACUCGAUCAUUUUUUUUAUUUGUUUUUCUUUUUUUUUUUUUUUUUAACUUGUUUUUCUCCAACGCGCGGGCGUGCAUCCUUUUUUUUGGGGGAUAUAUUGUCGGGGAAGGACUUUCUUCUUCACCGAUCGGGAAGUAAUUCUGAGGAAAUAAUUUGAUUAUUUUCAUCGUCGAAAUGUUUGGUGAUAAACGAUUGUGUUACAGGAUUUUAAAUUUCGAAGAAGGUUAAGGUGUAUUUUAAAGAUAGGAUACAAUAUCGUAUUAUUCGCGUAAAGUUUUGAAGGAAUUUAAAAAGAAAGAGAUUUUUAUAACGGGGAAUUAGUUGUUAACACGCGAAUACACACCCUCCUUCGAGACCUUCGAAUUUUAAAAGGAUGGGAAGAACGACGAUGGCGAUGUUAUAUAUAACGAUUUCAACGUUCCUCGUUCUAUUCGUUCAAGUUAAUUGCAAAUGCAGUUUAACACCUAUCGUCAACGGUGAACGAUCAAUUGCCUAUGCCUGCACCGACAGCGAACUGAGUGACCUCGAUGAGAUUUCAAACGAGGCCGAAUGGAUUGAAUUUUCUGUUUCACGAAUACGCAUCAUACCUGAUGAUGCAUUUUUAAGAUUCCGCGGUCUCAAGAGAUUGUCAUUUUAUAAUUGUCAUGUUGAUCACAUCGCUCCACAUGCUUUUCGUGGAUUACAUUCACUUGAUUGGCUUAUAUUCCACGGUACUAAACUUCACGUUGCUAGGACUACCUGGUUUCAACAUUUACCAAACUUGAGGAAACUAAUUUUGGAUAGAUGUGGAAUUUUUUACAUAGAAGCAGAAGUCUUCCGAACGCUACCAAGAUUAGAAAUAUUAAGUUUAUACGACAACGAACUCGAUUGUAUUCCUAUUGACGAACUAGCGCCACUUCGAUCACUGAGGAACAUACGCAUUGAUGGAAAUCCUUGGCUAUGCGAGUGUAGACGAAGAUUAGAAAGAUUCUUUCGUGAAAGACGUAUUUUUGAAAAUGUUGGAAUUGAAGAAAAAGUAAUGCCCGUUCAUAAAAGUUGGCGACAGUGUAUGGAAAAUAUCAACAUUUUUGUAAUGUCGAGACAUCCGACUAAUCCGAAUAUCAAAAUCUUGGAAGAAGGUGACAAGUUUCAAACAUCGACACUUCGUUCAUUAGAUCGUCUUCCUGAUAAAACAAGUUGGAUCGAAUUAUCCGGUUUAAGAUUAGACAAAAUUCCGUCUUACGCGUUUUAUCGUUUCGGAAAUACGUUGAGGAGUUUGGAAUUUCGCAACUGCAUUAUUGGAAACAUCGAAGCAAACGCUUUUGCCGGAUUAUACAAAUUAGAACGUUUAUCGUUCGUUGAUAACGAGUUACCACAAAUAGAAACUAAUUGGUUCCGAGAUCUUGUUAAUUUGCAUAGAUUGAUCAUCGCAAGAAAUGAAAUUGAACAUAUUCGAGAGUAUACUUUCUGGCAUUUGAGAAAUAAUCUUAAAUAUCUGGAUAUACGUGAAAAUCGAUUACGUUGUUUACCACUUGAUGAGAUUGAGAGAUUAACGAAAUUAGAAAGAUUGGAUGCUAUUGGUAAUCCUUGGAAUUGUGUUUGUCGUAGAAAUUUAGAAAAAAUACUUACACAAUUAAACGUUGGUUUUGAGAUAAGUGCUGGUAGAUGUUACGACGAUGAUAAUCAAAUACCAUCGAUCAUCGAAGAACGACAUAAAAAUAAGACGACCACCGUAACGACUUCGGUAAUUGGAAACGUACACUGGGCAUCGUUCGAAGACAGUUUGAACAAAGAUACGAAUGUUAGCGUUCUAAUACCAGCUACAACAAUGAUGACCAUAAUCCAAGAAGAACAAGUAACACAGCAGCCAACAACUGAAUCUGUUUAUACCAGUAUUAUUACUACUUCACGACCUACCACACAUAAAGGGACUUGUACACGGGAUAAUAAUUCUCAACAAGUUUAUACCUGCACUGGUUUGACUUCGAUCAGCCCAGUAAAUUCAAUAGAUUCCAGGGCACACACUAUUCGAAUCACUUUAUCCGAUAUAUCAGUAAUACCUCCAGAAUCUUUCCAACGUUUCAAUGGGUAUUUACGAAGAUUAGAAUUUCAUGAUUGUGGAAUCGAAAAAGUAGCAGCUGGUGCAUUCGCUGGACUUUACAAUCUGGAAUACUUAUCAAUUCGUAAUAACGCAUUGAAAUCAUUUACCAGCGAGUACUUAGUUGGUCUUUCAUCAAACUUAAGAUAUUUAGAUCUUUCGAGAAAUCGUAUAUCAAGGAUCGAUAAUGACGUGUUUGAUCUAUUUCCGUCUCUCAUAAGUUUUGAUAUUUCCGAGAAUCUGAUGAAUUGUAUUGGUAUAGAACACCUCGAACAUCGAUCAACUUACUUGAAAUCAUUCGAAGUAACUGGCAAUCCUUGGAGUUGUCUUUGCGGAGUCAAAUUAGCUGAAUUUUUGGAGAAACGAAAUUUACCGUACGAUAAGAAUUCAUUGAUCGACAGAUCCGAGUGUUAUGGUACACAUGAACCAUCCUCAACUGUGUUACCUACGACCCCGUCUGUAACACCAAUACCAACUUUGAUUAUACCUAGUACUACUGAGGAAGACAUUCCAAAAAGUAUAGAAGGUGUUUGUACUUCUCAUAGAAAAGGUAAUAACGAACUUAGAUACGUUUGUACUGGCGGAAAUAUAUUACUUUUCAACGCGAUUCCUAACGAAGUAACUGCAAUUGAAUUUCACGAAGGACAUUUACCACGUUUCCCAACUGGUACAAUGUCCAAAUUUCCUAAUUUACGUGAAUUACUUAUUAGAAAUUCUGGUUUGAGAAUUAUCGAGCCUAAAGCUUUUGAAGAUUAUAACGAAUUGAAGGUAUUAGCUAUACAGGAUAAUCCUUUGACUGGGGUCGAUGGAUCAUGGCUUAAUUUGAAAAAUCUUGAACGCCUAGAUCUACGUGGUAAUUCCAUAAGAUAUAUCGCUCCGCAAUCAUUUCGACAUCUUCCUAAAUUACAAUAUCUCAAUUUGGAAGGUAACGAUUUAAAAUGUAUAUUUACGAGCGAUCUUAACGAAAUGCCCGAAGUUUAUAUUAUUGAAUUUUCUGGUAAUCCGCUUAAAUGGAAAUGCAGAUUAGAAUUGGAACAAUUUUUAGAAAUGCGUAAAAUUAAAUUCGUUAGAAUCGAAGAAUCCUGCGAAGGGAAAAAAUAUAUGCGGAAUGUACUUUGGCUUAAUAAAACGGAUACUUAUUACGCUGAUGAGUGUCAGGCAUGCUCGUUGGCUAAUCAAAUUAAAUUUUCUUUAAUGUUGCCAACGUUUAUAAUAUAUCUUUUUAAUAUUGUUAGGUAUUAAAUUAAUGCAAAUCAAAAUUCGUAUGAAUAUAAAAAACAAAUUUGAUCUCAACAAUUGAAUCUUGAUCGUAAUAUAUCGUGACUUUUUUAUUAACCAAAAUAAAAAUACAACCACGAUGUCUUUUUAGGUAGUAUGUUUAGAACAGUUACCGAUACUACUGAUAAUACGUUACCGUAUAACAUGCUUAAUAAUGUUGUGAUGAUUGUUAACAAUUAUUUAAUCAUUUGCUUUAUUUGUUUUAUUCGUAUUUUUUUAAAAUUAAUUUGUUCAUUAAUUAAACGGGACCACCGAAAAAGUUAGAUCACCUUAUAUAUAUAUAUAUAUAAAUAUUAUU